AUGCCCCGAGUGUACCCUCCCCUCGAGGGCCGGCAACCUGCCGUUAACAUUUCUCCCUCCCUGGUCGAGUCCGUUGCAGGCUUCACCGCCGGUAUGRUCUCCACGCUUGUGGUACAUCCAUUUGACGUCAUUAAGACUCGUCUUCAGCUGAGGAACUCCUCCCGCUCCGCACCCGGAGACACAUGGCGCGUAAUGCAGAAAAUUGCCUCCGAGGCCAUUGUCCAGAGUCCGUCCACAUCUGCUUCAGCGCUGGUCGCGGGUAAUCGUAGGGCAGUUAUAACAGCUUUCUACCGCGGAUUGAUGCCGAAUAUGAUUGGCAACUCCGUCUCGUGGGCGCUGUAUUUCAUGUGGUAUGGAAACAUCAAGGAUCUGGUGCGGACUGUGCGAGUCAAGACGCAGGGAGAAGAGAAGGGGAGGAAGUUGGGGAGCAUGGACUACUUUCUCGCGAGUGGAAUGAGUGGGAUCUUGAYCGGCAUUGUGACGAAUCCCAUAUGGGUGAUCAAGACGAGGAUGCUGAGCACGAGCAAGGACCACCCGGGAGCUUAUAAGAGCAUUGCACAUGGAACAAAGACCCUAUGGGCGAAGGAAGGAAUUCGUGGCUUCUAUCGAGGGCUCACGCCUAGUUUGUUUGGAGUCAGUCACGGCGCGGUGCAAUUUAUGGCAUAUGRGCAACUUAAGAAUCGUUGGGCGACUGGCAGGAAAGGAGGGAAGGAGGGUCUGACCAAUGUGGAUUUCUUGACGCUUUCUGCGAUCAGCAAGAUGUUCGCGGGAAGCAUAACGUACCCAUACCAGGUUGUCAGGACCAAGAUGCAGCAGUACGACAUGCCGGAGAUGAAGGCAAGAGAGGUUGUCAAGGGAAUCUGGAGGGCCAACGGUGUUGCGGGUUUCUACAAAGGAUUGGUUCCUAAUCUUGUGAGAGUGGUGCCGAGCACGAUGGUCACAUUCUUAUGCUACGAGAACAUGCGUUACUAUCUGCCGAAGUGGUGGCAUAGCUGA